AUGAAUGCGCAUCACCCAAUAUGGGGAGCAAUAGGAACCAGGGCCGACAAGGAAGCCGAGCAACUAUUGGAAAUCACGGAUAAAUUGGAUCUCGAGCUGAUCACCGAGAAAAGAAGGGCGACAUGGUCUCGAAACAACCAGUCGUCGGUGAUCGACCUGACCUUCAUCAGUUCGAGUCUCGCCUGUAGGCUUGUGGGCUGCCGGCGGGCAGAUGACAUCGAACAUUCAUCCGACCAUUUCCCGAUCAGAACAGUGCUUGGCAUUGAAACACCGGUACUUGCACAGCAAAAGAGGAGAAACUGGAAUGCAACUGAUGAAAAGAAACUCACUCAGAAGAUCGAAGAAGACCUACAAGUCAGGGACCUGUCCCAAGCCGGCCCACCUCAGAUCGAGGCCCAGUGCCAGAAACUGAAAGACGUCGUUCAAUCAGCAAUUGAAGCUUCAACUCCGUGGGCAAACCCGUCAGCAUGGUCGAAUCCCGAUUUUGACGAGGAGUGCAAAGCGGCCGUCAAGGAGGUCCGUCGUCUACGACGUAGGCAUACGAGAACAAAAAAUCCCUACGACUGGAUUUGUUACUCUGGAGCACGCAACGCAAAAACUCGUCUGGUCAAGAAGACACUAUCUCGAGCGCACCGUCGGCGAGUCCAGCAGGUCAUUGAGGAUGGCCCUCAGGGUAUGUGGCGUCUCGCCAAAUGGGCAAAGAACCGCACUGGAGCGUACGAGAGGGGCCACACGCCCUCUUUGGAGAUCCAAGAUCCUCAAACACCAGGAAAGCUUGCAGAAACAGUCGAUCAGAAGGCAGAAGCCUUCCGGGUGGCCUUCUGUCCACAGCCACCACCUGCAGACCUCUCCGACACUGAUUUGUUUCAGUAA